AGUUCCACCAACCAACACUACCUCCAUAUAUGUUGAUACCGAUUAAUGGCUGUCGAAACUCUUAUUUUUUUGAGGAUUGACAUCAGCGUUUCGUCACACGUAUCGCCCAUGAUUGAUAUCGGGCUCAAUUGAUUUGUUUGUGUUUUUCUAUUUCUUAAUUUAUUUUGAAAUGGAAGUGGAAAGUUUGGCUCGCUGGUCGGAAACCAACGCCACGAAUUCAUCUUUUCUCAGAGUUCUUGGUUUGGAGAGUUAUCAUGAAUCAGCUCCAUUUAAGUUUCGGCCCGAUCUCAAUAAAAAAAUUAUUUUGUGGGAAGGAGAUAUUACUACACUGUCUGUCAAUGCAGUUGUACACCCAACAAACGAAUCAUUUACAGAAAGUUCUCAGUUAAGUCAAAAGGUGAUAGAAUGUGCUGGCAGCAAACUAAAAGAGGAACUAGUCACCAAAAUUAAAUAUUGCAGGACAGGUGAAGCAAAAAUAACUCAGGGAUUUGAUUUACCUGCACGCCAUAUUAUUCACACAGUUGGUCCCAAGUAUAAUGCUCGGUACAAAACUGCUGCAGAAACCGCUCUUUAUUUUUGUUACAGGAAUGUUAUGGAACUUGUUCAUGAAUAUCAACUCUCAAGUGUGGCCAUACCCAUCAUCUAUACUGUCAAAAGAGGAUACCCCCCAGACGAAGGAGCUCACUUGGCACUCAGGACGAUCCGAAGAUUUUUGGAACAAUACGGCGACAACAUUGAGAGCGUCAUUCUGGUUUUGGACUCCAACAAUUACGGCAUUUAUCAAGUCCUUUCGCCGCUUUACUUUCCACGAAGUGUCCAUGAGGCCGAAUUCUCACGUUACCAAUUGCCGUUCGAAAUUGGUGAUCCGGUAAACGGUGAGCCUAUCAUCAGUGAUCGACGUAUUCGCAUCAUUGAUAAUCCUCAGCAUGCAUUCCAAGAUUCGUGGGAGGAACCUCAGGAUCUAAGUGCCAAGUUUGGCUGCAGCGUGUCGGUAGGCGAACACUCUUUCGCCCAAAUGGAGGACGACGUCGAUCGGCAAAAGCUGUUAGGCCAACCCAGUCAUCAACGUGUUGGACAUCCCGUUACCGACAUCGACCAUCUCACUUUACAAGUCCAGCAUCACGAGAGAUACGAGCGAUUGCUGCGUCGAGCCAAAACGGAAGAUUUGUCGGAGGUUUCCGGAAUCGGAUGUCUCUAUCAGAGUGGAACGGACAAGUUCGGCCGGCCCGUAGUCGUCUUUGUCGGCAAAUGGUUUAAUUUCAACGAAAUUAAUUUAGAUAAGGCUCUGCUGUAUUUGAUCUCGUUGCUCGAUCCUCUAGUCAAAGGUGAUUACAUAAUCCUCUACUUCCAUACGCUUACCGAGGGGCAUAAUCACCCGUCUAUGACGUGGAUGCGGGAAGUCUACAACGUCUUGGAAUACAAGCACAAGAAAAAUUUGAAAGGAUUUUAUAUUAUCCACCCCACUUUCUGGACAAAGGUCAUGACUUGGUGGUUCCUCACGUUCAUGGCCCCGGCCAUUAAACACAAAGUCCACUCUGUCCCCGGUGUCGAAUAUCUGUACAACAUCAUCAACAUGGAUCAACUGGAAAUCCCCGCCUUCAUCACCGAGUAUGACAUGACCGUCAACGGUGUCCGUUACGUCGAGCAGACGAGCGGCGAUGAAUAAAUGAAAGUCAGAGAUUAUCCUCCUCAUUAUAUUGGGUAUUGAGCCUGAAAAAACGAUGUGUCCUCUUCUUCAAAAGAGCCCACCUUCUCCUCUUUCCCUUCUACUGUACGAAGUAACCAAAAGUCCCUUUUUUUCCGAACACACAUUCUCGCCCGAUUCUCUUCUCCCUUGUUCACGUUAGUGUCGUCACAAUAAGAUUCGUUGCGCGUAGGAGACUAGAAGAAAGGCUGGCGUUGAUCAAAGCCAGUGCGGAUGCAAUAGUUUCUCGUUGCUGAGAUCGUCCAUUUUGAUUGUUGGUUAUAUACUCUUGUUUCAUUUAGUAAUUAAAAAGUAUGGAGGGAGAAAAAAACAAAACAAAAACAAAUAAUCGAUAGGCCGGUGGACGUUGAACUAGUCGGCCGUCACGUGUCCACAAUUUUUUCGCUUGUUGGUCGUAUUUUUGUACGUUGCUGCGAAGCGUUUUUCUACAUGGCCGUGCCAUUCGUUAACAAUUCUUUUGUGAUCAGGUAAAAAAAGAAAAGAAGGAAGAAGAAAAAGAAAAAGUAGGUGAAACCAAAGGAAGGAAUCGAACGGCGCCAUUGUUCAUUUUUUUAAAUAAUUAUCAUACAAAAUAGUUAUACGAAGCGAAUGGAGAGCGUAGCGUGUGUCAAAUUAGUGCCUCGCGAUAGACUGUGUAGGGAUUUGUAUCCGUCUUCCCAACUCUCUUUUGAUUUAGUCGUUUUUUCUUGAGGAAAUACGUUAGUCUCUUCUUCCUUUCUAUUUUAUCUCCACUUCUUCUUCUUCGAUUGAUCGCUUUGAAAGUCCCACUCUCACUUUUCCGCAAUUCUCUUGGAUAUUAUUAUCGUCUUUUGAUUUCCUCCUUCAUUGAGUCUUGGCAUCUCUCGUUGUUGGGCACUUUUCCAGCUGUUUUUUUCCCCCCAUUCUUUAACUACUGUACUAUGUCUCUUUCUCUUUCGCUGGCUCGCACCAUUCACGAAGUUCGUCGUCUCCCAUCCAGGUGAAGUCUUGAAAGGAUUAUUACCAAACGUAUAAAUACUUAUGCGACGACGACUCGCGAUGCUAUCUUAGAAUUUUUAACCGGCCGUUCGUGAUUGUUCGACCUUGCCCUCCUCUUAUUCUCCCUUUCUCUCUCUCUCUCUCACUACUCCUUCACUCCUCUCUCUUUCUUAAAUACUUACACACAUCUAGUUAAUGAAUUCAUGAUUUUUGUUCGACUUAAAAAAAUAAUUACAGACAUCUGAUGCUGUGAGCGCGAGAUUUACUUUUUCCAAUUUGUUGCUAACGCAAGCCAAAAAUAAAUAAGAAAUUAAUACCGAAAGGGAGAAAACAAAAAUUUGUCAAAGCCAACACACAACACAAGAAGUAAAACCAAAAAAAAAAAAAGCAAAAUAAUAAUAGCCGCCCGAACUUUCGUGUAGCGUGUAGUUAAUUAUUACUUUAUACGAGAUUCGAAUACAAAAGGAAAAAACGUU